ACCAUGGAUGGGAUGGGUGCAUUUGGAAGCCACGAUCUUGGAGGUCACAGCAUCAUUAAUGACUUUGAGUUACAAGACUUCAUAGAUGAUGCAAACUUCGACCAGUUCAUCGAUCUUAUUCGCGGGGAAAAUGAGGAUCCAGCGGCAGCUCAUUUUCAUUGCGACCAUAUCAGUGGCUCGGGCUUUGUCAUUGAUAACCAGUUUGGUCCAACUACUCCGGGUAGUGGUUUCUUUGGUUUAGAUCAUAGUACUACUGGCGUAUCCAAUCCAGCUCCUUUUCUUACUACAUUACCACAUUUCGAUAGAGAAAUAAAUGAUAGUGGGGAAGAAGAUAAUGACGCAGACUCAUGUGGAACAACGACAACAACCACCACAAAUACCACAGCCACAACAACAAAGAAGCAAAAGGUUGAUCGGUCUCGAACCUUGGUUUCGGAAAGGAAGAGGAGGGGAAGGAUGAAAGAGAAACUCUAUGCAUUGCGGUCCUUGGUUCCUAACAUCACUAAGAUGGAUAAGGCCUCCAUUGUUGGAGAUGCUGUACUGUAUGUACAAGAUCUGCAAAAACACGCUAAAAAGCUAGAAGCUGAGAUUUCGUGCAUUGAAGCAUCCAUAGAAGGAUCAGGGGGAAAGCAGGCAGGAUCAACGCAAAAUCCAACCAAGAAUAAAAUAGUUGUUGACAAUUAUCAUUUAACUCCCACGGGAAUCAUUCAGAUAGAUGUGUCCCAAGUAGAGGAGAAUGGUUUUUAUGUGAAAGUGGGAUGCAACAAAGGAGUAGGCGUAGCCACAGCACUUUACAAGGCUAUUGAAUCCCUUACAAGCUUCAAUGUUUUGAGUUCAAACUUGAACAUGGUUAGUUCUGGGAGAUUCGAAGUAACACUGGCUUUGAAUGUAAAAGAAAGCGAGCAGGAGAUCAUCAACUUACCAAACUUGAAACUUUGGGUGGCCGGAGCUUUUCUGAACCAAGGUUUUGAAUUAGCUACAGGCUUUUGAUCGAUGAAAUUUUUCUAUAAAGAUCUAAACAGAGUUGAGAGUUUCAUAGAACUAUUGUAACAACAAAGUGAAAAAUAACAAAUAUACUACGUGUCGAAGGAAGGGCAAUAAACAAAAGUAUAUGCAUGCAUGCAAUUAAAUCAAUUAUGCUUGUAGCUAGCUAGCCCUCGUGCUUAAUUUUCACUAUAAGGCCCCGUUUGGAUGGCAGGAAAUCAUGGUAUGGAAUGGGAAUUAAUUUCAUUUUCCAUUCAGAUGUUCCGUUUGGUUGUAAUUAAAGA